AGAGAAAGUAUCCCUUCUCCUCAUUAUUGUUCAAUGAAUCGUCAAUUUCUGAGAGAGGAGAUUCAAAAGAUUCUCCAGCGCUGGCACCAGUUAAAGGUACAGUUUGGAGACCAAGCUGUCAACGUUCCGGAGUUCACACACUUGAGCAAGAUUAUCAAGUUCCUUCAACAACAGAACCAACAGUCGCUUCAAAAUGGGAGUGGACCUCAAGGGCCACAAUCCGCGCAACCACACCAGUUACAGUCACACCAAGUGGGCCAACAAUCACCUGCAAUACAGCAUUCACAGGUACCUCCACUGGUAACCCCAUCACAACAACCGCAACAACAACAACAACAACAACAACAGUCGCACCAAAUAUCUCUGAACUCAAUUAAUGCUCCACAGGGUCAGAAUCAGAUGUACACAUUCAACCAACAGCGAGGAAACGAUGGUAGCACCAAUGGUACUCCCGUACCUGCAAAUUCCAAUAUGAUAGAACCAAUGGGUAUGAUGCAUCAACAACAUAGCCAGCCAGGAAAUGCACUUCAACAAGGAAUGCCCGCACAAUCCAACUCGUUUCACACUAGUGGGAUUAAUGGCAAUACUCCUACCGAGUUUGCACUGUCAAGUUCAGGGGCUGGCGCUGGCAUAGUAACUGGGUCAGGGACAGGUCCUGGAUCUCUACCAGGUCCCGAAUCCGCUUUCACUGCCCUGCAAUUUCAAAUGCUUAAGGCGCAGUUCCAAACUAUUAAAUAUCUUUUGAAGAACCCAGUUCCCGGCAGUCCUGCAAUUCCGGAGAAUUUAGUUCAAUUUGUCACCAAUGAUCAAAUGGUAUUCCCUAAUGAAGCAGGAUACCUAGCUGCCCUGAACCCAAUGGCGCCAAAGCCACAAGUAAUUGGACAACAACAAUCAAUUCAGAAACCUCAACAGACUGCUCAAACUCCACACGCACCUGGAAUGAUGCCAAAUGCUCAAUCACCGGGACUUGCAAUGAAGCCCAACCAAUUUACUGCAUCCCAACAGGCAAUGCAAAGACAAGCACAGGCGCAAGCAGCGGCUGCAGCACAGGCGCAGGCCGCAGCACAAGCACAAGCAGCCGCACAAGCCCAAGUAGCCGCACAAGCCCAAGCAGCGGCACAAGCCCAAGCAGCAGCACAAGCACAGGUAGCAGCACAAGCACAAGCAGCAGCACAAGCGCAAGCGGCAGCAGCACAGGCACAUGUACAAACUGUAGUUCCAAACCGAGGAGAUGCACUGGCUCACGUUCCAUCGAGAGACUUGCAGGGCCAACCCCAAAUGUUGGGGGAAUCAAUGCCAAUUGGACCUUACGGCGGAUUAACGACGAAAGACACUUCAAGGCAAUCCAUUGGUAAAGGUGUAGAUCAAACAGCAUCAAACGGAUCGAAGUACGUAUUUAUGAAUCCAGAACCACCAGUUGAAUUGGCCAAAUUGCUUCCUGAAGAAGACUCAAAGAAAUUGACUAUCAUUUCAGUCAAUAAACCUCAGUAUCAAGUCGAUGCAUUCGAAAUUCCUCAUUUAGUUGGCGAUAACGUCAAGGACGUAUCUUAUGCCACCUUUCAUGACUCACUGAGCAGAUUAGAAUUUCCUUCCUUAUACCCAGAAGGCGUGAGUAUGGAUGAAGUUUACAGUAAUUUGCAAAUGGUUAGAAAAUUGAAGAUUGAAGAAGGUCUCGUCACCAUGAGAGAACAACUUGAGAACCUUUCAAGUGAGGAGAGUGACCAGCAACGUGAAUUGUUACAAACAGAAGUGGACAAGUUAGAAUUAUUACCAUUUCAAAAGGCAUUGAGAGGGAAGAUAUUAUCACAAUUAUGGUUUAGCAAGUCUUUAUUACCAAAUUCACAUCCCAACUUUCUUGCUAAGUUUAAUACCUUGUCAGUAGACAAUAUCACUUCCACUCAUGAAUUAUAUAGACAACAAGUUUAUUCAUUGGUUCAAGCACAGAAUAAGAGACAUCAAAAGACUAUCAGUGAAAUUUUGACUAGUCAAAGAAAACGGAAUGAGAAGAUAUUAAGCAAGAGAGAAAAGUUGACUAGAUUCUCAAACAAGGUGGCAAGUUUCCACAGUCAAAUUGCAAAGGAAGAACAGAAGAAGUUGGAAAGAAUGGCCAAGCAACGUUUACAAGCUUUGAAGCUGAAUGAUGAAGAAGCUUACUUAAAGUUGUUAGACCACACUAAAGAUACCAGAAUUACUAGGUUAUUGAAGCAAACUAAUCAAUUUUUGGAUUCUUUAGCACAAGCUGUUCAAUCGCAACAACGUCAAAGUCAAAUUGACAAGAAUAUUGCUGAGCCAACUACCGAAGUAGGUGCUGAUACCAAUUUAACUGAAGAUGAAAAGCGUGAAAAGACAGAUUAUUAUCAUGUUGCUCAUAGAAUUAAAGAAAAAGUUACCGAACAACCUUCUAUCCUUGUCGGUGGUACCCUUAAAGAGUACCAAUUGAAAGGGUUACAGUGGAUGGUUUCUCUUUUCAAUAAUCAUUUGAAUGGUAUCUUGGCAGAUGAAAUGGGUUUGGGUAAAACUAUUCAAACAAUUUCAUUGAUCACCUAUUUGGUUGAAGUGAAAAAGAUCAAUGGUCCAUUCUUGGUCAUUGUUCCACUUUCUACUUUAACAAAUUGGAAUUUAGAAUUUGAGAAAUGGGCUCCAGCCAUUAAAAAGAUUACUUAUAAGGGUACUCCAAAUCAACGUAAGGUUUUGCAACAAGAUGUUCGUACUGGUAACUUUCAAAUAUUAUUAACUACAUUUGAAUAUAUUAUUAAGGACAAAGCUUUACUAUCAAAAACCAAAUGGGUUCAUAUGAUUAUUGACGAAGGUCAUCGUAUGAAGAAUGCUAAUUCCAAACUUUCUGAAACCUUGACCCAUAAUUAUCACAGUGAUUUCCGUUUAAUUUUAACCGGUACACCAUUACAAAAUAACUUGCCUGAAUUGUGGGCAUUAUUGAAUUUCGUUUUACCAAAGAUUUUCAAUUCUGUUAAAUUUUUCGAUGAAUGGUUCAAUACUCCAUUUGCAAGUACGGGUGGACAGGAUAAGAUAGAGUUGAGCGAAGAAGAAACAUUGUUGAUUAUUAGAAGAUUGCAUAAGGUCUUGAGACCUUUCCUUUUGAGAAGAUUAAAGAAAGAUGUCGAAAAGGAUUUGCCAAACAAGGUCGAAAAAGUUGUCAAGUGUAAGAUGUCAUCCUUGCAAUCAAAGUUGUACCAACAAAUGCUUAAACAUAACGUUAUCUACGUUGGAGAUCCAAAUGAUUCAAAUAAGAUGGUUAAUGUCAAGGGUGCCAAUAACCAGAUUAUGCAAUUGAGAAAGAUUUGUAACCAUCCGUUUGUUUACGAAGAGGUUGAAAAUUUAAUUAACCCUACAGCUGAAACUAAUGACCAAAUUUGGAGAGUUGCAGGUAAGUUUGAACUUUUAGAUAAGAUUUUACCUAAGUUCAAGAAAUCUGGACAUAGAGUUCUUAUCUUUUUCCAGAUGACACAAAUUAUGAAUAUCAUGGAGGACUUCUUAAGACUUCGUAACAUGAAAUAUAUGAGAUUGGAUGGUGGAACUAAAGCUGAUGACAGAACUGGUUUAUUGAAAUUGUUUAAUGCACCAGAUUCAGAUUAUUUUUGCUUCUUAUUGUCUACGAGAGCUGGUGGAUUAGGUUUGAAUUUACAAACAGCUGACACUGUUAUUAUUUUUGAUACCGAUUGGAAUCCUCAUCAAGAUUUACAGGCUCAAGACAGAGCGCAUCGUAUUGGUCAAAAGAAUGAAGUUAGAAUUUUAAGACUUAUCACUGAAGAUUCUGUCGAAGAAAUGAUUUUAGAAAGAGCUCAUGCAAAAUUAGAAAUUGAUGGUAAGGUUAUUCAGGCAGGUAAGUUUGACAACAAGUCUACUUCGGAAGAACAAGAAGCAUUGUUGAGAGCUUUGCUUGAGAAAGAGGAAGAGCGAAAGGUCCAUGGAGGAGAUGAAUCAGAUGAUGAAUUGGAUGAUGAUGAGCUUAAUCAAGUUAUUGCAAGAAAUGAUUCUGAAUUGGUACUUUUCAGACAAUUGGAUGAAGAACGUAUCGCGGAAACUAAAAGAGCUGAUUAUCCUAGUAGAAUAUACACAGAACAAGAGUUACCAGAUAUCUAUAAGAAGGAUCCAGCUAUUCUCUUGAAGAAGGAUGAAGAUAACAUGGAAGUGUAUGGGCGUGGUAAUAGAGAACGUAAAUCAGCACUCUACGAUGAUAACCUUACAGAAGAACAAUGGCUUAAAAAGAUUGAAGGUGUUAUUUCUGAGGACGACGACGAAGAAGAAGAUCCCGAUCAACUCCAAAAGCCAAAGAGAAGACGUAAGAAGCAAAUCACCACCACUUUAGCCGAUGAACAAGUUGGUGAUGGUGAAUACGGAGAAGAUCGUUCCAGAGCAAGUUCUACUGCAGGAAAAAGGAAAUUAUUACCUGUAGAAGGUGAUGAGGAUGAAGAAAGUGCUUCUUCUAAACGGUCAAAAUCAAAUACUCCAAAACCUGGUAGACCUAGAGGAAAAACGAAGGGCAAAGUAGGAAAGCGUGUUAAGAAGGGACCCGCGUUGACGCGGGCAGUGCCUUCCAUCGAUCCUUUAAUACCCGAAGCAAGAAUGGAACUUGAAAAUCAAAUGAAGAAAAUCUACGAUAUUUUAUUGAAACAUGUUAAUGAACAUGGUAGAGUGCUUAGUGAAUUAUUCUUGGUGAAACCAUCAAGAAAGUUUUAUCCAGAUUACUACGUUCUUAUCAAGAAUCCAAUUGCUCUCGAUACUGUGAAGAAGAGAAUCAAUAACCAUACGUAUGUUUCAAUCAGGGAAUUUCUUGAAGAUAUCCAUUUGAUGUUUAGUAAUGCCCGUAUUUAUAAUGAGGAGGGUUCCAUUGUAUAUCAAGACGCCAAAGAAUUGGAAGAAUUAGCAAUUCUGCAGGUAGAGGAAUUGUCCGGUUUUAGUGACGAAAUAAUAGAUUUUACUGAAUUUGACGCAACAUAUGCAUUGAAGCCAUUAAUAUUGAAUGCCGCUGUGAAAAGACCAAUCGAAGAUGCACUUCAAAAAAUUGAUGACGGAGUUGAAAGUCCAAGUACUUUAACUGCAAACAUUCUUGAAGACUCAAAUGAUACUCCAGGGUUGGAAUUCUUUGAGCAAUAGAAUAUGGAGAUUAUAUAAAAGAAAAGGAAAUACAAACCUUUUAGAUCUUUAAACUUUAAUAAAUAUUGAAUAUUUAAGAGAUAUACAACA